AUGCCUUCCAGCCGCCACAUUUUGCUGGCUCUUGGCGCGUCGUCGGCUACCGCCUUGCAGCUCCCGGGCGUCGGAGAAGUCUCGCUUAGUCUCCCGCAGCCGCCAGCGUCGCAAAUCAAUUAUCUGAAUGUGAAUGAAAACUCAUCGCGCGCCGCGCCCGCAGGUCCGCGCCCGCGCUGCCGUCGACGAAGGACCUGAAAAUCGCGGCCAUAGACUUUGUGUCCGAGGCGCGACAAAACCCGCUCUCGGCGCUCCCGGCCGUGGGCGCCGCCGGCGCGGCGGGUCUCGUGCUGUUCGCCGCGGCGUCGACGUUGACGGCGCCGCCCGUCGCGGAGGGCGGCGUCUACAAGGGCGUCGGCGUCGGCACGGACGGCAUCGUGCGCAUCGGCUUCCCGGCGGGCGGCGAGGUCCUGGUGCCCGGCGCACCGUUCCAGGCCAAGAACGGUUACCUCGGCAUGUGGAACUGGGAGAAGCAGGGCAAGCCCGUGCCCAAGGAUCAGACGCCGGAAGCGCAGAAGGCCCUCCGCGAGGCCUUCGACGCCGAACGCAAGAAGUUCGACGUCGAGGCCCAGCAGCAGGGCUACAAGGACGCCGAAGACCGGGGCAUCCAAGAGAAGGAGCGGAUCCUCGCGGAGAAGGCGGCCGCCAAGGCCGCGAAGGAAGCCGCCAAGGCCGCGGCCGCCGCCGAGAAGGAGCGCCUCGCCGCCGAGGCGAAGAAGCCCGGCACCGUGUCGCAGCCCAAGUACUACGGCAACAUCCGCGGCAUCGCUCAGCCGGCGACGUACGGCGUCGGCGCGCCGAAGAAGUAG